UUUCGUUUAGACUUACGUGUUUCUGUCUAAUGUUAAGUUUAUAAUGCUAUUGAUAUUUGUUAAAUAACUUCCUUUGGAAAAUCACCUGACAAAGCAUGACUUGGAAGACUUUUGUUUUUCUUAUUGCUACUGUUUGUUACGCCAAGAAUCGUCUUCAGAUAAAACCUGUACCAGUGUCAGACACAGGGCUGCCUGUAAAGGUGAAGAGUAUUCAGUACGUGCUGUUUGGCCCCAACCCACAACUUUUCGAUCAGCUGAUUGAGCUGACAUUUCUGUCAAUCAAUCCUAAACCUGUCGCGACGCUCAGCUAUUACGACUACCUACAACAUAAAGCUGAGAAGACAAUCAACCUAGAACUGAUCGAAUCCCAGAGAACACCUUACACCUACGAAUACAUAGAAAAUUUCAAGAACUACGACCACUUUGUCUUAGACAUCGCUGGCAGUAUUCCAUUCGAAUUCGUUGCUGUUACGUCCUGCGGCAUCACACCGUACGAUUCCGUGAGGCCCGCCAUAAUUGACGCGUGGUCUAAGGAGUACUACGUACCAGGCGGCAGAUUUGUUCCUAAAGAUGUUACGCUGAUGAACCGCAAACAUUUAGGGCACCCAAUUAUUAGUUACCAUUUGACAUCAAACGACUAUUUCUCAGUAAUGAUGCUAGGCGUUGAUAAGCAGAAGAAAUACAUGGCAGAAUUCGUGAGCACACAUGUCAACGGUAAAAUGUAUGACGUUGUACGCUUACUGUCUGCAACAACUAUACAAGAUUACGUCUUCAUUUCGACGGUCGAUAAUAACACGCUGGUGGUUGAAAAACACGAGGAUCCAGUUCAAGAGCAAGUCACGUUGUCUAAAGGAGACUUGUACCAUGUAGGUUGA